UUUUUUUUGAAGACCGAAACGAAGGAAGUUCUGGAGUUUUCACACCCGCCAGUCAAUCACUCUCGCUUCUCCUCACCUUUUCCUUCUUCUCCAUCCUUCCUUGCCACCGAAUCAUACAACCAAGUUGCUUCGGAAAUUGGCGAAUCGCAUCAUGAACAGUUCCCAGAUUUUACUUCUUCCGAUCCGUUUGCGAUAGUGAUAUCUUCUUUCUCCCCUGCUUGGGGACUUCAUCAGGGACCAUCGUCAAGCAUCAACCACCCUUCAAAGGUGCCCUCUUUCUUUCUUUCUUUCUUUCUUACUGCCCUUCCCCUCAUCGCCUGCAUCACACGCCACUUCCUCUCUCUCCUCUCUGUCUCCCCUGUAAACAUUUAAUAUCUGGGGUCUGCGAUCUGGACUCGCUUGGGAAGACAACGACUGUUUUGGUUGGGUCGAGCUGGUUUCUCUUGGAUCUCAGAAUCGAUCCUCUGUCUCGGCCUGAAGCUGCCAGAAGCUCCUCUAGAGAGAGAGAGAGAGAGAAGCUUGCGGUGUGCUCUGAUGGCGGAGGCUUCUAACGGGAAAGUGGAGGAGAAUACCCUGAAGGAGGUUGCGGAAACAGGGGACGAGAGAAAGGACGGUGCUGUUGAGGAAAACGGCGAGCACAACUACAAAGCCGAGGUCCAGUCGGCGAGAGGAGUAUCGGUCAUCGAUGGGAAUUCUGGGGAAGCGAUGGGGACUCGGCGCGAGAAGGAAGCGAAGGACUCGAGCUCGAGCAGCAGCAGCAGCAGCAGCUCGGACGACGAAGAAGAAGACGACGGUGAGAAAGACGAGAAGGAGGAAAAGGUCAUUCCUUUGGCGGAGGUAGAAGAGAUUGCCGUCGCCCAAACCGACGCUGCUGUUUCCGUCGAGCAUGUCGUCGCGGUGGAAGCAGCGGCUGAGGUUCCCGAGAAAGUUGACGCUGCCGCCGUGGAAGAGGAGGAGGAAACGGAAGCGCAGAUUCCGUCUGGCGAGACUGCUAACGGAGUCGUGCUGGCGGCAGGAGACGAGGAGACGGCGCCGGUAGCUGUGGAUGAGAGCGACGUGGCGGUUCCGGUGGCGGCGGCGGCGGCGGAAGAGAGGGCGAAAGAGGAGCUUGUGUUGGCAGCAGAGGAAGAAGAGAACGCGAGAGAUUCGUUGCCGGCCGCUGCCGAUGCGGCGCCGAAGGAACGUGGUGAGGAUUCCUCACUGGUUCAGCCGCCAGCGGAUGCUCCGGCCAUCUCCAAGGGCGGUGUCGCGGCGGAGGACGGCGCCGACGAGGGAGAGAUCCCCGAAAGCACCGGAAGCCCGCCAAUAAUAUCGGUGAGUCGACGCACCGUGUCACCAACGUCUUGGAGGAGUUGCUGCGGAUUGUUUGAUGUCUUGCGACGGUCUGAUAGGUGAUUCUAAGAAUUGAAGAGAAGAAGCGCGGAGUGCUAUUGUGAUCUUUCGUUUUUUUAAUCUUUUCGACUAUUUGGGGCCUCCGGGGUCGACCAAAUGGAUCGUGUGUGUUUAUCCCAUUGGCUUUUGCACGAUGUCUCGGACGGGUCGAGGCGUGCUCUUUCAUUUCUCAUUACAGAAAAUUCGGAGAGAAUCCGAUCGGCACAGAUCCCUGCGACAGCUCGCGAGGAUGUGCUACUUGAUGAGUCCUAGAAAUGGUGAUUUUACUGAGAAACGGGCGGCGAGGUCGAAGCUGCUGGAGAUGUUGAUGAUGUUCUUCCUCUUCUUGUUUGUUUUGAAUGAUUUCGAGAGUUGUUAUCUUGUCAGUGCUAAUCAAAGAGCUUUACAAAACAGAACAUUAUAUAUUCCUGCAUUCUUUUCCCUGCAAAAUUUAGUAAUCUCCCUUUUCAGA